AUUCAUAUGUCUUAUCAACCCCUAUGACACACUAAAUUCACAUACAUACAUCUUAAAAAAUGGUUGGAGACCUAAAGAACAUGACGCUUCAUGGGUUCGGUCUUAUGUGUCUGUUCAUGAUCGUUAGCGAGGCCUACGCUAGAGAGUUUGCGGUAGGUGGUGCAAAAGGUUGGACCGUCCCUUCAGGUUCUCAAGUUUACAGUCAAUGGGCAGAGCAAAGCAGAUUCCAAAUCGGCGACUCUCUGCUGUUCGUCUACCAACCAAACCAAGACUCAGUUCUCCAAGUCACAAGAGACGCUUACGACAGCUGCAACACGGAUGCACCAACCGCUAAGUUCGCUGAUGGCAAAACUUCUUUCGCAUUAACACACUCUGGACCAUACUAUUUCAUCAGCGGAAACAAAAACAACUGCCAGAAAAACGAGAAGCUAGUGGUCAUCGUCAUGGCUGACAGAAACGGCAACACCACCACAUCAUCACCACCACUGCCGUCUCCAGCUCCUGCUCCCUCGGUAGAGUCCCCUCCUUCUCCACCGCCAAUGACAGGACCCUUUGAGACACCAGCACCCACACCUACUCCAACUCAAGAAACUCCAAAUAGUGCAGCUUCCCCAUCUUCUUCCUUUGUGGCUGCUCUUCUUGUAGCUGCCUUUGCUUCCACUCUAUUCCUACACUAAGUAGUUUCUCUUCUGUCUUCUCUUUUCAAUCUUUUUUCAGUUGGUGUUUGGUGCUUGAUUUAUAAACAUUUGUUUAUCAUGUAAAUGAAUAAAAAGUUCCACUUGGGUUGUAUUA